UCACCUCCCGAUAGGUGGCAGCACUGAUCCGUCUCUGUCAGAGCAGAAAACUGAAGAAGACGACAAACAGCUUCUCGAACAUGUCUGAGUACGCUACAGUCCAGAAAAGUGCCCUGAAAAUAAAGGGUAUGGGAGAUAUUUCUGCUGGGAAAAAGAAGAAGAAGAAGAACAAGGAGAGCAAGCAUCGCAUGGAGCAGGUCGUUACCAGCCAAAAUGAUGAGGAGGUGAAAACCAAGAAAGUAUAUCUUGACAAAAGGACACCGGCACAGAUUGCUUUUGACAAGAUGCAAGAGAAACGGCAAAUGGAGCGGAUUUUGAACAAGGCAUCAAAGACCCACAAACACAGAGUCGAGGAUUUUAACCGUCACCUGGACAACCUGACAGAGCAUUAUGACAUCCCCAAAGUCAGCUGGACCAAAUAGAAGCGGAGCAAAUGUUCACUCUUGUUUUACCACUUGUACAAAAUGUUUCUGCACCACUUUUUUUUUUUUAAUGCAUAUUUGUUAUUUACAAUUAAAAUUCAUUUGAUUUCACCUUCAUACUUUGGCUGUUGUAAUUCCUGGUGUUUAUACAGCAGAUGUUUAACCAAUCAUGCUAAUGUGUGUGCAUGUAGGCAAGAAAAAAAUUGAAAUAAGACUGAAUUUGUUUUAAUAAACGCAUUUCAUUUAACGGACACAUGGCAUAAAUGGCACACAUCGUGUAAACCAAAACACACGAGGUACAAUGUUAUGUAGUGUUUUGAAGCAACCACAAUGGCACUCUGAGCUGCGAUGUUAUCGACUACAAGCUGAGGAGGAGUUAAAAGUAUUCUGACUCUGGAAGGGAAAAAAAAAAAAAGACUUUACAUGUACAAAAUUAAGUCAUAUUGAUGGCAAAGCUUUACUGCUGCUACUACUUAAAACAUUCCCUGAUAAGACACAAAGAUAAAGGUGUGUAGAGCUGCAUCAGCUGUUUCAACCAUACCAAAGAACCAUGACACAGUGCACAUUGAACACAACCAGUAUGCCAGAUAUUACGCAAGUUGCGUCAUACAACAGCCAGAUUUUUGUUGAGAGAUGAAAAGUUCUGGAUCCAAAGAAAA